AAAAUCUGAUCUGAGCCAAUAGCAACUCACGACCGCAGCUCCAGCCAUACUGCGCAUGCGUCAUACUCCACUUCUAUAGACCGUGUCCUUACCUCUUUUAAUGAGCCUUAGCUACUAGCUAGCUAUUCAGUUGUACAUACCUUUACAUCAGACAAACCGACAACUUGUGACAAUGACAGCAACAGCAUAACUGACUGAAAAUGAGGAGCAUACUGUUAAUUGUCUUUCUGGCUCCUUGUUGGAUCAACGGUGCCGUUAAGUCGAGAGUUAUUACGGAAGAAAACCACGAAGAGAACCCGGAGUUCGAUGCUCUGAACGCCAUCCUGUCAGAUUUUGAGGUGCUGCCAUUGUCAGGCCUCCAGUUGCACUCUGUAAGGAAGAGGGACAUCCACACCGAGUCCCACCUCGAGCGCCUGGUGAGCUUCAGAGCCCUGCACAGAAAUUUCAAGCUUUACUUGACCACCAACACGGACCUUUUCACUGACAACUUUAAAGCUGUGUUUGUUGAUAAACAUGGGACGGAGGAGAACUACGAUGUUCAUCUUCAGACCUAUUUCACUGGACAUCUUGUUGGAGAGGAGAAUUCACGUGUGCAGGCACACAUAGAAGGAGAUGAGUUUUCUGCUCACAUUCUAACUGAUGAAGCAGAGUACAACGUAGAGCCCCUGUGGAGGUUUGUAGAUUCCCCAGCUGAUGGCAGGUUGCUGGUUUAUCGCUCAGAGAACAUCAGGAAUCUGAGCCGCAUCCUCUCUCCAAAAGUGUGUGGUUACAUCCACGCAGAGGCUAAGGACCUGCUGCCACAGACUGCCAGGAGUGAUUGGGUUUGGCAGGAGGAGGCGGACCAGGAAAAGGGGUAUUACCACAGAGAGAAGAGACAGACCCACGAUCACAAGAAGAAUACCUGCCCCCUGUUGCUGGUUGCAGAUUACCGUUUCUUUAAACACAUGGGUCGCGGACAAGAGAGCGUCACUCUCAACUAUCUGAUUGAGCUGAUUGAUCGAGUUGAUGACAUUUAUAGGAACACAACCUGGGAUGAUGAAUUCAAAGGCUAUGGGGUCCAGAUCCAUCAGAUCAUCAUCAACAAGGAGCCUACAGAGCGUCCCCCUGAAGCUGGCCCCGGCUGGGUCCACUACAACAUGAAGAACAGCCCUCAGAGAGGAAAGGAGGUCUGGGACGUGAAGAAACUUCUGGAGCAAUUCAGCUCAGACAUAGCUGGCAACGCCUCCGUUGUGUGUCUGGCCCACCUGUUCACCUACCAGGAUUUUGACGAGGGCACACUGGGGCUGGCCUAUGUGGCCCCCUCAAAACCUCAAGCCCUGGGCGGCCUCUGCCCAAAACCGUACUACCCAUCUAGCUCUGUAAAGAAGCCCAGUUACCUCAACACUGGCCUGACCAGCACCAUGAACUAUGGCAAAACCAUCCUAACAAAGGAGGCAGAUUUGGUGACCACUCACGAGCUGGGCCAUAACUUCGGAGCAGAGCACGAUCCUGACAACAUCCCUUACUGUGCUCCCAGUGACGACCACGGCGGGAAGUUUGUCAUGUACCCUAUUGCUGUGAGCGGAGACCAUUACAAUAACAAGCGCUUCUCCGACUGCAGCAAGAUCUCCGUAGGAAAGACGUUGCGUUUCAAGGCUCCCGUGUGCUUCAAGGAGAGGAACAGUAAGGUAUGUGGGAACUCCAGAGUGGAGGAAGGGGAGGAGUGCGACCCCGGGCUACUCCACCUCAACAAUGACCGUUGCUGCUCAGCCGACUGCAAAUUCAAACGUAAUGCACAGUGCAGCGACAGAAACAGCCCUUGCUGUAUAAAUUGCGUGUUUGAGCUUGCAGGAACAAGGUGCCAGGAACCCAUUAAUGCGACCUGUAAAGGCAUAUCAACCUGUACAGGCAACAGCAGUAAAUGUCCACCUCCUGCAAACGCUGAUGACAACACUGUGUGUGUUGACAACGGCCGGUGUCGAAAUGGACAUUGCAACCCGUUCUGUGAGGCCAUGUACAGCCUUCAGUCCUGUGCCUGCAAUGAGACGGAGGACUCCUGUAAAGUGUGCUGCAGGGGAAAAGAUGGCACAUGCUCUCCCUUCAUCCAGCACAAUGGCAGUUUGCUUUUCCUUCGCAAAGGAAAACCCUGCACUGUGGGCUUCUGUGUCGAGGACGGAAAGUGCAUGAAGCAGGUGCAGGACGUGAUUGAGAGGUUGUGGAAUUUCAUCGACAAACUGGACAUCAACACAUUUGGGAAGUUCCUGGCUGAUAACAUAGUGGGCUCUGUUGUGGUGUUUUCACUCGUCUUCUGGAUUCCUCUCAGUAUCCUGGUUCACUGUGUGGACAAACGACUUGACCAGCAGUAUGAGGAUAACACAAAGUCCUUCUACUACCCUCCAAGCCAGAUGGUGGAAGUUUGUAGUAGAGCUCCCGCCAUAGAGUCAAGAAAUGCUCAACAACCUCGAGUCAGCAUCCGUGCGCAUCGUCAAGCCUCCUCAGCCUCCCUCCUCCUCCGCCGGCCGGACCGUGCCCUCCUCCCUGCCCCCGCAGCCUCCGCAGCAGAGCCAGGUCGCCGCGGCCAGCACCAGUACCCAGGCCCCCGACCCGAGCUGCGCCCCCACCCCGGACAGCGCAGGGGGGCCGCGGAUGGCCACCAUCCAGGAGGACACCAGCAGCGACUCUCACCUGGGAGAGGAGGGCCUGUCGGACGAUUUCACAACCGCAGGAGCCUCCUCGUCGGCUACGAAAUCCUCCUACGAGGAUCUGACAGAGCAGAACCCGUCAGCCAGGGACCGGCGGCGCCUCAAGAGGCAGGAUUGCGUUGACACAAAAGAGACAGAGUGCUGAAAGUAAAUCACCUGUAGUUUUAAAGUUUAAAAGCACCAACACAUACAUACAUGCAACCUGAUAUGUGUUUUAGGGAACAAUCAAAUACAUACAGCGUCGUAUGCAUUUUUUUUCUAAUCACAAAUCACAGACAGUAACUGUUAAAGCAUAGAUGUUUUGCAGGUCAGAUUUAGUGUUACAACUAAGGACAUUUCAGGCAACACUAGAUACAUACACGAGUAGUCACAAAUCCCUGUGACAAAGAAAUAGAGUGAAUUGAUGUUUUUGUGUGCCUAUGGAAUAACGUGUGCCUUUUCUUAGUUAGCUAAGGGGGUCCUUGGCCAGAUGAAGCCUUGGAUAACCAAGUAGGUCUGUGGGAAUAAAUCUACCGCGGGCCAGUUGCCCAAACACAUUAUAGAGUUAAAUUAUUUUUGUCUUAAGCCAGUGGCUAAAUAGUUUCUGAAUUUGCAAUUUUUUUUCAAGAACAAAAAAGAUUUAAGCACAAUUAUAUAGAUCCCAAGGCUCUAUGCAAUUGUGUCCUCCCGUUAAAAAGCAAAGUGAGCUAUGAUUGUAGAUUAUAAAUUUAAAAAAAGAAGCAUCACGCUAACAGCCUCAGCCUUCCCCCUUUUCUCCCCUUAAUGCUUGUGCACAAAGUACUGUCUUUUGUUCCACUAACAGAUUAACAGGUGAAUAUUAAGCUACAAACGUUGACUUUAAAAUGAGUUUUAUUCUGAAUCUGUGUGUCAUAGCUGCAAUGGAAAGUAUUUUCACAUCACUGGAGAAUUUAAAUAAGUUUUAUACGUGUUCUUACUGUUCUGUGUGUCAUUAAUGGUUUCUUUAAGAAAUGUGUAUAAUAUUUCACUCCGUUGUACUUGGCAUGCAACAUUUGAGUACUGUGCAGGGCCGAGUGGUAGUCUCUCCAGUAUUAUACAUAUUUGUCCAGCUGUUGGAACUUUUAAAAGGUGCUAAAUUCGAUAUCCAGAGCAUUAAUAUAGCAGCACACAACUAUUUGCUAUGUAAAGAUAUAGAGGAGUAAUGUCUACCUGACUUCGUUGACAUAGCCGGGCCGGCCGCAUGUGCUUUUAGUGCAAGGAAAAUGCCAAUCCCAAUCCCGUAUUGAGCACCUUUAAGUUCGAGAAGGUUAUAUCGUCUGUAUGAAACAACAUGGUGCCCUUUUCUGAUAUUGUGCCUAACCGUUCCGACUUCCAGUAGAUGAACAUGAAUCUGGACAAUCUUGAUUUUAAUUUUAAAAGAAACUUUCUGAGGUCUGAUUUAGUUUUCUGUCCUUGUGCCAAUGUGAGUUAUGCACCUCUCUCUGUCAUUUAAUUCUCACUACUGUUACCUGCUGUGUCACAUGUUCAAAUUGUAAAAUAUGUAUUUAAUGUAGCUAACAUUGACUUUACUGGCUUGAUGUGAGCUGUUACACAACGAGCAGAUGUCUUGUGUCAUAUAUUCUGAUGAUGUGUAUAUUCGGAAUGUUUCUAUGUUCAUAAAAGUCACCCGAUGAGUUCCUUAAGUUUCUUGCUUGCAUUACAAUCUCAAAAUAAAAAUCGUUAUUGUGCAUUUUAAACAUGAA